GGUCGGUUCAAAGUAACUUCAGAGGACAGAUAUAGUACCGGCGCUGUGUACAUUAAGGCACCCACCUUGAGAAAUAUGGUGCAUGUCUCGUGCUUUGUUACCGAUUCUAUUUUUCGCGAGCUUGCUCAUAAGUUGAAUGGUUUCGCGUUAUCCUUUAAAGUAAAUAACCUAUUUACCACCGGGAUGUUGUCAGUAUCGAAUACCACUUUUCUGAACAACGAGAAUUCCAUAUUUGUGUAUGGUGGAUUUGACGUUCGACUAAAUCAGGUGACCAUUGACUCUACUUAUGGCUAUGCUUUUGCAGCCAGUGGUCCUCCAAACCUGUCGCCUAACGUUUCUGAUAUAAAGGUGUCUUUACAUCGUUGUCUACUGCGGAACAAUAGAGUUGGUAUACGAAUGACAAUACUGCCUUGUCUAGACGCACUCACUUGUGCACCAAGCAGCCAAUCACUGUUUAUUAAUGACACUCUUUUUGAAGGAGGCAGCGAGACGCGAGGUAUCGGUGAUGCAAUCAGGUUUUCAUUGCAGGUGACAGGCAGGUCACUCCAAAAACAUUUCAUUGAGGCGAGGGUAAUUCUGUACAACGUUACCUUUCAAGGAAUCCACAACGGCGUACUUUAUGUAGCUAUGCAAAAGAAUGUAAAAGGACUAAUAUCUAUAAGGAACUGCAGGUUUAUAAACAAUUCCCAGUUUGUGUAUCGAAUGGACCACCGAGCAACUGUAGGUGUUGAAUUUCCCGACGAAGAUCCUCCAAAAUGUUUCAAAGAGAACAACAGCAGUGAAUUCUUGUGGAAUAACACAUUCCAAACACCGGUGAUAUUUGAAAAAUGCGUAUUCGAGAAUAACGUCGGUAUCUCAGGAGCACUGAAUUUUCUUAAUGGAAACGUCACUUUGAGAAACUGCACGUUCAGAAACAACGAAGGCUUGACAUUAGGAGGGCAUGUCUAUCUGAAAACGGGUUACGGCAGCCUUAGUGUCGUAGAGAGCACCUUUCUUCAAACACGUUUAAACCAUAUAUCUAACACCAUUCAACCUGAAAAAGUCCUGAGUUAUGGAUGUUUCCUGUAUUCUGAUAGCGCUGGUCCCGUGAUUAUAAAAAAAUCGUCUUUCAUCGCAAAGGUAAACAGAAAACUUUAUCCUGUUCUGGCAGCUACUAAGAGCAGUUCCUUCCAAAUUGAUCGCACUUCUUCGUUACAAUGCCCGCCGGAAAGACGAGUCAAACUCGAAUUUAUUAGAAAAAUUGAAGGUUUUGAGUUGACCGAGGGAAGUUGGACGUGCUGGAUGAAGGCCAAUCACAUCAAACUAUUUUGCCAAGAGUGUAGUGAUAAGUUUUAUUUCCUGGAGACAGGAAUUCCAAAAGGUUUGAAUUUUAGCAAAGGAACCAAGUGCCUUAAGUGUCCUUACGGAGCAUCCUGUGAAAAUGGAAAUGUCCGGGCUAAAGCAAAUUUCUGGGGAUUAAUAGCUGAGACAAUUCCUCCAACAUUGAAAUUUUUUCCCUGUCCUCUGGAAUACUGCAGCAGUCCAAGCCAGUUCAGCCCUCACGAGUACAAUGCUUGUCAUGGAAACAGAACGGGCGUCCUAUGUGGUAGAUGUUCUGACGGGUAUAGCGAGGAACUCUAUUCAACUUCAUGUAGAAAGAGAAACAGUUGUAACGAUCACUGGUUUUGGGUGGUGACUUCCAUCUAUGUGAUCGUAUUUGCACUGUACUUUAUAUUCAAACCUCCUGUCUUAUCGAUAUUGUAUAAGCAGACUCUUUGGUUUAAAAAUCAACUGCAGGUACCUGAGGACAAAAUCCACGAUUCUGGUUAUCUGAAAAUUGUCUUCUAUUUUUACCAAGUAGCCGAGCUGAUGAUGAUAACAUCUCCUGAGAAAACUCUGCAUAUGGUACCAAUUAUUCCCCCAAUUAUGGCUAUCUUUAAUUUCCAGGUUAAGAAAUUGAAUGGUGGUAUUGGUUGCCCAUUCCCAGGUCUCACUGUCGUCACCAAGGAACUAUUUAUGUGUUCAAAAUUCCUGGGCACAUUGCUUUCUAUUGGUUUUAUUUAUUCCUUCCAUCGAGCUGUCAGUCACACCAGGUUCAUUUCCUCACCUUCACUUACGCUAUAUCUCGCUGCUGUCCUGGAAACACUUUUGCUUGGAUACGAGAGGUUGACAGAUACAACCCUUAAGUUGAUGCACUGUGUUCCUAUUGAGAAGGAUUGGCGUCUUUUUUUAGAUGGGAACAUCGAGUGUUGGCAGUGGUGGCAGUACUUGUUAAUCGCAUUCAUGGUGUCUUUUAUCAUCCCUCUGGUGUUGGUUCUUUUCUGGGGAUCACUGAUGCUUGCCAAGAACAAAAUGACUGCCAAGGAAUUUCUGUUGUCUUGUGCAUUCCCUUUGCCUUCCCUUUUUUAUAUGCUGUUCCUCCGAUACCGAAGAACAGAAAGCCAGCAAUUGCUUAACGGUGAAGAUGCAGACGAUGCAGAAGAAAUCAAGCAAGCCCUGUACGGUCCAUUUCGUGAAGCCUGCAAUGGUGGCCGUAGCACCCUGUAUUGGGAAAGCGUACUGACUGGCCGAAGGUUGAUCCUGCUGACUAUCCACACGUUUACUACUGACCCCAUCAUACGCUUCGUUUGCCUUAAUUGCGUAUGUCUCUUGAUUUUUGUCCAUCACCUUACAACGAAACCAUUCAAAGACAAUAAAGUCAACGUCUGUGAGGGCAUCUCGUUAAUGAGCCUGACCAUUAUUUGUUCGUUCAGUUUAGCUAAAGUCACCUACAUCUCCGAGGGAAUAGAUCCUGCAGAAGCUACCCAAAACCUAUUCCACUUUCUGCAGUGGAUCGAGAUAAUCAUUCUUGGAUUUUUGCCAGCCGCAGUGUGCCUUCUACUUGUUUUUGCAGCACUGUCUCAACUGAUUCGAUUAUUGUAUCACUGCCUAAAAUCUUUGUUGGGUGCUGCUGGGUACUAG